GUGCGCCGUCGCCGCCGCCGCCACCACUGUCGCCAUGAACAGUGUGGGGGAGGCAUGCACGGACAUGAAGCGCGAGUACGACCAGUGCUUCAAUCGCUGGUUCGCCGAGAAGUUUCUCAAGGGGGACAGCUCCGGAGACCCGUGCACCGACCUCUUCAAGCGCUACCAACAGUGUGUUCAGAAAGCAAUAAAGGAGAAAGAGAUUCCUAUUGAAGGACUGGAGUUCAUGGGCCAUGGCAAAGAAAAGCCUGAAAAUUCUUCUUGACCUUGACAGUCACCUUGAAGGAUUUUGCAAGUCCAGAAAUUGAGGACUCUGGAUUUUUGUCAACUAACUCUGUGAACAUAGCCAUCAGAUUUGAUGAGGAACUUAGAAGAGAGGAGUUUUAUUUCCUCCUUCGAUGUUUUCCUCUCAGUUGUAAAAGAUGAACUCUUUGAGAUGAUUUCUCACCUGCUGUGGCAUCUUGCAGGAACUCAGUGUGCUAAAAUUGAGCAAUUUUUUGAGAUUAUAGUUGCAACACUUGGCAUGGAAUCAGCUUUACAUAAAUAUACCUUGUAUGCAAAUGAUGAUAAACUAGGCAGGAUGAGCAGAGCUGCCUGACCUCUCGAUUUCUGCUGCGAAAGACAUUAUAUACACUGUACUGGGGUCAUCGUUCAUGAAAGCAAUUUGUUAGGACCUCUUUUUUUCCUCUCAGGGAACUAAUGCUCUGAAAAGGGAUCUGGGCACAACAGUUUCAGUGAGUGCUUUUGAGCACACUUUUAUUUUUAUAUAGUAACUAAUGGUUAAGAUUGGUGGUGGCCUGGAUUAGCAAAGAGGAAGACAGCUUUUAACACACUUCCCUGCCUUCACAAGAGGUGUCAGAUUAAGAUGUGAAAGCUGCAAGAAUGUUGCAGUGCACACCAUUUCAGAGCUCUCAGUGUGUAGUUCUGGAAUUAAGAUACUUGGAAUAGCUGUGGAAGAAGAACCUAAAUUGCAAAGAUCUGCUAUUGCCAGCUCUCAACCCAAGUCAGUGAAUUGUCAACCUGCAUAUCCUAAAAAUGUCAAAAUGCUGCAUCUGGUUAAAUGUGGGGGUGGGGGAAGCUGAAGGUGCUCGCUUCAUUUGCCUUGUUUACUCAUCCUGCCCUGUAAUGUCUGUAAUCCUGAAGAUGGAAUAAAUUGUAACAUUUAGUUUGUCAUUAUU